AUGGCAUUCACUGUGCGUCAAUGCGCACCCUGUAUUCUCACUUACGGUACGGUACGGCCUACCAAUACACUUGAAAUAAAUAUGUGUGUAUAGGUUUAUCGAAAUACAGUGUCAAAUCUGCACUCGAGCGUAAAUAUCAGUCUCGUUUCAAAAAGUGGCAUAUUUUAUAAAUUUUUAACUCAGUAAAAUAAAAGUUGCAUUGUGGCAUUUUAUUAAAAAAAAUAACUCUCUUAUUUUUAUUUGGGAAAUAAAACGAUAUUACGUUAUAUAAUUAAAAUCAAAAUGGCAAAAGCAAUUCUCCGUAAAACGUUAUUCUACAGUCAGUACAGAACAUUAUAUCAAACUGCAGUGAAAUACAGUGCACCAGUCACAUUCGAUCAGUAUAAGAACCAGAAAAUGUUUAGUGAUGUUCAAUCUGAAGUGAUGCAUUCUUUGAUGGACAAUCCGAAGCUGAAGGACCAGAGUGCUGAUGUCAAAAAUUGGAUAGUAAGGUUGCUAGAUUAUACACUAGAAGGAGGCAAAAGGAGCAGAGGUCUGGUAGUGCCCUUUGCGUAUGAAAUGAUGGAAGACCCAAAACAUUUUACAGAAGAAAACCUUCACAGAGCACGGAUUUUGGGGUGGGUCGUGGAAAUUAUAGAAUCAUACGUCCUCACAGUAGAUGACAUCGUGGACUCGUCACAGACUCGCCGAAGCAAGGAGUGUUGGCACAUCCACAGCGGUAUGGGCCUGGGAGCCGUCAAUGACUGUGGACUCCUACUGAGUUGUGCCUUCGAACUACUGGAACUCUAUUUCGGAAACGAAGAAAUCUACAGCGACUUGGCCAAAAUUAUCAAUGGGACAGUGUUCGAGAUAUGUAUAGGGCAGCAUUUAGACUGUUCCUACGGCUAUAGUAAAGAGAAGAAUAAUUUUGACAAAUUGACGAUGGAGCAUUUUGAUAGUUUUACGCUGAUAAAGGCGGCAGUUUACUCGUUCAAAUUCCCAAUGGUCUUAGCUCUUACGUUGCUGAAGGAUAGGAGUCAAAAAUUCUCGGAAGAAGCGUAUAAUAUUGAUUGGAACAUUGGCAAACUUCUGCAAUUACAGAAUGACUACAAAGAUAUCUUCGUGGACGAUAUCAAAACAGGGAAGAUAGGCACGGAUAUUCAAGAAGGUAAACUAACCUGGUUUGCCGUAACAGCGCUGCAGCGCUGCACUGACGAACAACGUUCCAUCUUCAAAGAAAACUACGGCAGCGACAACCCUGAACAUGUGAAGCGCAUCAAGCAGCUUUUUGAUGAAUUAGAAAUGGAAAAAUUGUACAAAGAGUAUGAACGUUCUGUAUAUGAAGAUUUAGUUCGCAGAAUUCGUGGUCUGCCGCCUAAAGAGUCUCAGUUCCUUACACAAAUUUUGAAAGGCUGCUACAGACAUUUCUGCUGAUUUGCUGUUAAGGACCUUCUUCAUUGGGUGGUUAGGUUGUACAUCGACUAGGUUGCGUAGAAUCUAGUUAUACCUAUAUUAUUAUAACGUAAAUAAUUGAGCAGAUAGCGCAACAUCACAAACAUUAAUUAGCACAAGUUUAAACCUUAGUGGUUUUUGGUUGCUAUUAAAUAUGCAUUAUCCUGUAUUCGUUGUGAUUCAAAUGAUAAAUAAAUAACAAAAAAAACAAUAAGUUGAUAGGGCAUUAAGUUGAAAGGAAUUGUUAUAUCGACAUCAAAGUAUUGAGAUUCGAAACAUUGCCGUACUCAGAGUCAUUUAAUGGUUAUUUGACCCAGUCCAGUUCAGUGUAUUAGAACAAAAUCGAAUAGAAUAAAAUACUAAAGAAUAGUUUAAGUAAUCAUUAAAUGUAUCUGAGUACGGCAGUAAGUGAAGUAAGAUGAUUUACUUAUACAUCUUUAUAUAUAUAAUUCUUCUGUAAGUGUGUAUGUCACUGAACUUCUCUAAAACGACUGGACCGAUUUUGAUGAAAUUUUUUGUGUGUGUUCAAGGGGAUCUGAGAAUGGUUUAGAUUCACAAUUUUGUCCGCUGGACAAUGUUUUUAAUUUAUUAGUAGUUGUUAAUUUUAUUGAUGAUGAAUAUAAAGAUGUAUGACAGGAUAACGUCUGUCGGGUCCGCUAGUAAUCUUAUAUAUAUGUAUAAGCAUUACUCAGUUAUUAAUUAGGUAAUAGGUCUAUGUGGUAGAAAAUUAAUUAAAAUACAAUUUAGAUAUUAAAAUUAUUUAUUUAUACAAUUCCCAUGUACUUAGAAUCAAAUAUAAAUGACUGCAUGCAAUAAAUAUAUGUACUUAUUUUCUUCCUUGAUAUCUACAUAGAGGGGUGUAAAUAUAUUUUUAAAUAAAUAUUAAAGUUGUUAAUUUGUUGAGAAUAGAACUAAGUUUAAGUAGUUUUUAUUACCUACUCAACUUGGUAUUUACUUAAACAAAAAAAAAAAACGUUUUUGUUCCAUUUCACAAAUAGCGGCCAUCUCUAUAUAGAUACCAAGGGCAUUACAAUUCUCGAACAUAAAAUUAUUACUUUAUUAAACAGUAAGACAUACAUAAUGAUAACUAAAAUAUAAUAAAACAUUAAAACCAAAAUAACAUUCUAUUAAACUUAAACAAAUUAUUAAUUUUAUUGAAUCUUCUAAGUAUAAAAAUAUGUAAUCACUUUUCUCAUUAGCUCAUUAAAAUAACAUCUUUAACAUGUAUAGGUAAGAUAGUUCUACAUAGUAAUAAAUAUUGUUUUGUAGCAUAAUUUAGUGUCGAUAUAGUCGAAAUACCCAAUAAUACUUUGACUAAAUACUCGAAAAAAGACUAUUUGAUAUGAGAGAAAGCCCUUAAACCUGUUUAUAUGCCUUGCAACUAAAGUAUGAUCAAAAUUAUUCAUAAUUAUUCUACGUCAGAUUAUAAUUCGAGGUUUUUAUACACAAAUAUAUCGGUCACUGCAUAAUGAAUGAGAUAAUUUGUCUUGUAAGAGAUUUAUAUUAAAAUGUUUAUAUUAAUU